AGAUGAUUGAGUGAAGGCAUAUUAUGAGGUAUCAGAAGGAAGAUGUGAAGGAAUUGAACAAUUUGAAGAAUAGGAUUGUUUGAAAGGAAUGUUUGAGGGGGUCAAGAAAUGUUAAGAAGAUGAGUAAGGAUAUGUGGAUUUGCCUGAGAUGAGCCACUAUUGGAUGUGGUAGAAGAGCUAAAGCUCAUGCAUUAGAUCAUUAUAAGAAGACACAUCACAAAUUAUCUGUAAAUGCUCAGACUAUGUCUCUCUGGUGCUAUAAAUGAGACUAUGACUUGAUAGAAGAAGGACUCCAGCUCUCUCUUGAAAAUGAUAAUUCAACUUUUGAAGAAUAUAAAGAGCAUGUUGAGGAAAUGCAUGAUUAUAUCUGAGAUAUUGUCUCAAAAAGAUGUCAUAAAAAUGUUGAGUCUAAUGGGGAUAAGACUACAAAGAGAUCUCUCGGUGAUGAUUCUAGUCCAGCAAGAUAUUAUCGCACUUCUUCUUACCAUGGUGUUAAAAUCAACCAGAUCGAUGACGAGCAAAUAGAAAGAAGAAGCAUUCCUAAUAGACAAAAUCAAGAAAUUUCCUUCGAUGAACAAGACUUUCAAACUGACUCUUAUCUUUCGCCGAUUAUAAUGAAAUUAAGAAAAGAUCAUGAGCCGAGCUCUAAAGUGGAUGAAAUAUUAUUUUCAGGAAAGGGUUUAAGAAAUCUGGGCAACACAUGCUUCUUCAAUUCAACUAUGCAGUGUCUAACUGCCACAAGAGACUUAUUCUUUUUAUUACACGAAAAUCCUCUUAAACAAAGCGGAAGAGGAUUCGCAUUCAACGACAUUUUUAGCGAUUUCAUACUUGAAAUGAGAGAAUCUUCAAGCGAAACUAUUUCUCCCUCUGAUUUGUUUAGAGCAAUUGUGAGAAAGAAUGCAAGAUUUAGAGGAUACCAACAACAAGAUGCUCAUGACUUACUCAUGAUGUUGAUCGAAAAUUUAGACAAAGAGGCUUUAAAAUAAGAAAAAGAAACCUAUAAUGGAACAUGUUUUUGGUGGAAAAAUGCUUACAUGAGUUUUAUGCCUAACAUGCAACCAAGUUUCUCGGACUAUCUCUCAAUACAACAACCUUAUGCUCGAAAUAGCUUUCAGCACACCUAAAAAUUCUAAGUUAAAACUUAAAUACCUUCAAAAGAACAAGGUGCAAUCUGUGCGUGGGGGUGGAGAUUACAAGCUAUCUUCAGAGGCCAAAGAAUACCUUAAAUCCGAUAACUCCUCCAAAAAAUCAGAUUGAUUCUUUAAAAGGCUUUUCUGGUGCUGUUACAAACAAGAAAGGGAAAGAAAAAGCCUAAGUAAAGCCGAUCAUACAGAAAAAUCUCUUUCUAAAAAGUCCCAAACACCAGACGAUGAGGAAGAGAAAAUACCUCCCAAGAAAGCCUCUUUCAAUGAUAGUGAGAUAGACGACUACCAACGAAGAAGUACCAAGACAAACACCUUCUAUAAGAAAACCAAAGAUGCUGAUGACCUAGAAGGUCAGAAAUCUAAUGAAAGAAUCUCAGUUGAGGAUAUCAAGGAAACCGCAAAUGACAUGGUCAAGGAAGCUGAAGCCCAAGAGAAAGAUCCUCUCAGUUUUAGGUUCAGAAAAGUUGUUGACCUUGGCAAACCUGAUAAAAAUACGGAAUCAGAGAGUAAAAGUAAUGAUAGUGAAGAGAGUGAGGAUGGAGAAACUCCAAGGAGGUCAAGCGACAUUGAGAGUGAAGUUAGUGGAGGAGAGAGUAGUAGUAGAAAUGAGUCAAGAAAUUCCUCCUUGAACCCAAGAGCUGAUAAUUAUAUUCAGCAUUCGUCUGAUCAGAGUGAAGAAUUGAAUGAAGGAAAGUUUGGAGAAGAGUCAACUAUUCAUUUUGAGCCGACUUUUUGGCCUACGAAAAGAUCCAGAUAUUUCACUCUUGAAGAGUGCCUUGAUUACUAUGUAGAAGUAGAGUUGCUUAAUGAUAAGAAAAACCUUUACCAAUGCGAGAACUGCACAUUGCUAAAGUAUGGCAAGAAAUCGAAAAAGAAGUUUGAAUCUCCUGCUAUUAAAAGGAGCGUUAUUCUUGAGUUACCUUUAAAUCUGAUAAUCAACCUCAAGAGAUUCACACAUAGCCGUUACUCGUUCCAAAAAUCUCGGAAGACAGUGGUUUACCCCCUUUACUUGAAGAUGGAUAAAUAUACGAUGACAGAAUGUGACCAAGAGGAUCUUGACUGAUAUCAAAAAUACUCAAAUUCAACAUUUCAAGAUAAAUGGAAAUACAAGCAUAUUUAUGAGCUUUAUGGAAUCGUUUCUCAUAGCGGUAGUAUGUCAGGAGGACAUUACAUCUCUUAUGUCUGCUACAAAUAUGGUAAAAAUAGAACUUGGUUCUACUGAAGUGACAGCUCAGUCAGAAAAGUCAAAGAAGAAUCUGCUCUCGAUACUGAAGCAUACAUUCUCUUCUACCGUAAGCUCUCUUAAUCAAUCUUUCCCUCCAAAAACUCUCACUACAAAACGUUCAGGUUUCUUUUCCAGUUGCUAUUC